AUGGACGAUGCAGAAAUCAAGGAUGCCUUGAUGGCGAAAGACCCGGAAUCUCUGGAGGGCAUUCCAAACGACUACAGGUUUUCCGAUGGAACAGGGCUGAUUCACUGGGCAUCGAUGUAUAACAACCUUGACGUCUGCCGCAGACUGGUGGGGUGUCAUGGCGCCGUCAACAGUGUUGGAGGAGUGCUAGACAGCUCUCCCCUGUACUAUGCGCUCUACAACUCAAACUACAGAGUCAUGAAGCUCCUGAUAGAGCAUGGUGCAGACAUCACAUAUGUAAACAAAAGCGGACUGGGGCUUCUACAUACAUGUGCCAGGUUCGAUGAUGUUCUUGGGAUGGUUCUGCUUCUGAGCCACGGUGCAGACAUAGGUGUCAGGGACACCAGGAAAAGAACGCUGUGGACAUAUGCAAGGAUAAAGAGGGCCAAGAACGUUACAAGGUUUCUGGAGGUAAGCACGAUGAUCGGGAGGCACAGAAGAUGGAUGGUCGAAGGGAUGUUCAUAGGAAUGCACUGGGUAUCUUUUUUCUUGGGAAGGAGGUGGCAGGUUGGGGUUGCUGUUGCGCUUCUGAUUUUCUGGGGGAGAGUGGCACACACGAGACUUCCAAUGUAUCUUAAUCUAUUUUAUUCUUUCUACAUCAGUUACAGGAUCUUUGGAAGAGGCUACGAGCACAUCAUAUAUAUGCUCGAGUAUUUUUCCACUCUACUUCGUCUGGUCGUGUCUAAGCCAAGGUUUGGGCCUGUAAGCACAUGCUCCGGGGCAAGGGAGUUGAUAUCCGCAAUGAUAGAUCAGGACGAAUACACAAUGGAGAACUUCUGCUAUACAUGUCUGGCACGGAAGACGGGUGGGACCAAGCACUGCUCCAUCUGCAACAGAUGCAUUCUGGGGUUUGAUCACCACUGCCCCUGUAUAAACAGAUGCAUCAGCAGAGACUCUGCAGAGCUAUUUGGAAGCCACCUGCUCUCCACCCUCACGGUUGCUGUGAGUGUACUUCUCUCGAAUCAGAUUCCCGAGAUGGGCCUAGAGCUAGUGUCUGUAGCAACCUUUAUUAUACUCGUUCUGGCUGCAAGGAGCCCCAGACCGGUAUAA